AUGAUCUCGGCUAAGAUGGCCACUGCCACGCGCGCGGCUGCAGCUCGGUCCCAUGCCCCGGCUCGAGUCGCAUCCCAGGGAUCGCGGGCCAUUUCAUAUUCCACAUUGCCGGCUUCCAGUCUCAGAGUCACUGCGCAAGUUCAACGAAGCGUCUUCCAAGCUGGUCAUCUCCCCGUUUCUCAGCUUGUGUCACCUUUCGCCCUUCCUUUGACUAGAUCAUUCCACAGUGCCAACACCCUCUUCCAGCAACAACAGGAGCAAAAGAAGAGCGGAGAGGCCAAAUCCGAGUCACAAGAAGAUGGCAAAAAAGAAGAAGAACAGGAAGGUGAGAAGCAAAAGAAGGAUGACGCUCCUCCACCCCCUCCUCACGGAGACAAGUCCCCAUGGCAGGUGUUCCGUGACACUCUUCAGUCUGAAUUCAAGGCAUCAAAGGAGUGGAACGAAUCUACCAAGGCUCUCGCCUCUUCCGCUCACCAAUUCACCGAAAACGAGAAUAUUAAACGAGCUCGCGCUGCCUACGAAGCCGCCUCCAGCGCCACCACUUCCCGCACCGGCGCUGCCCUCAAGUCGACAGGUCAAGUCAUUGGAAAGAGUGCGGCUUGGACCUGGAACACCCCUGUUAUGAAGGGUGUUCGCAAAGGUGUCUCUGCGACUUCCUCCGGGCUUGAAAGGGCCACGCGACCAGUCCGUGAGACCGAGGCUUACAAGAGUGUGAAGGAAGCUAUUGAUGAUGGUAGUAGCUCCCGCUACGGUGGCUGGAUGGAUAAGGAAGAGCGUCGCAGACAGCGACAGCUUCGUGAGCAACAGGAAGCUAAGUCUGGGAAGGGCAAGGCCGAAAGGCUUGUUGAGGAUCCCGAGGCCGGAACCAACAUUACUCUCCACAAAGACUCUGCUUGGAAGGAGUCGUGGCGCGCCUUCAAGGACUCAAACCCAAUGAUGCAGAAGCUCUUCUCUGCACGGGAGGCUUAUGAAGAGUCCGAGAAUCCUCUGGUCAGCACUGCUCGUAGCAUCACUGACCGUAUUACCGGAUUCUUUGCCGAGAACGAGACAGCGCAAGUUAUCAAGAAGUUCCGUGAGAUUGAUCCCAAUUUCCAGAUGGAAGGGUUCCUGCGUGAGCUCCGUGAGUAUAUGCUUCCAGAGGUGCUUGACGCCUACGUUAAGGGUGAUAUCGAAACCCUGAAGCUGUGGCUUUCUGAUGCCCAAUUCUCGGUUUAUGCUGCUCUUGCCAAGCAGUACACUACCGCUGGUCUCAAAUCAGAUGGCCGAAUCUUGGAUGUUCGAGGUGUCGAUGUCUCUAGUGCUCGUCUGUUGGAGCCUGGUGAAAUCCCUGUCUUCGUCGUUACUUGCCGUGCUCAGGAAGUGCACGUUUAUAAGAAUGUGAAGACCGGUGAACUUGCUGCCGGCAUGGAGGACAAGGUCCAGCUCGUGACCUACGCUAUCGGCAUGACACGCAUCCCCGACGAAGUCAACAACCCCGAGACCCGUGGUUGGAGACUGAUUGAAUUGCAGAAGGCUGCUCGUGACUACAUCUAA